CUGCUCCUUCCUUUUUCCUGCCUCCCUUUCCCUCUGCGCACGUGGGUUUCGGCGGUGGCGUUCGGUCUCCGCAGCCAUGGCGGCCAAUACCGGGAACCUGCCGAUGCGGCUGCUGCGCAAGAAGCUCCACAAGCGCAACCUCAAGAUUCGCCAGCGCAACUUGGCCCGGCAAGCGGCGGGGGCGGCGGAUGGCACGAUGGGCCCCGGGCCCUCCGGAGCAACAGUUGAGGGCAUCGCAGAAGACUUUUCCAGCAUCUCAGAAGCAGCAGCUGAAGAACAAAAAACAGAGGGUGUGGAACAGACUAAAGUAACACCAAACAGUGGUGAGGCUGGAAACACACAGCCUGAGUUGAAAAAGAAGAAGAAGAAAAAGAAAAGAAAAAUUGUGGCUGAUACAGAAAAUGAAACUAAGAAAGCAAAAAUGGAGGAAGAAUGCACUGAGGAAGAAGACACCUUAAAUGGGGAGCCCAAAGAAGAAAGUAGUGAAAAUCUGGAUGAGAAAGAAGAGUCUGAAGAUGCUGAUGGACCUGCUUUGCCUCUUGGACUAACAGGUGCUUUUGAGGAUACGUCAUUUGCUUCCCUUAAUGGCCUUGUCAGUGAGAACACGUUGAAAGGAAUAGCUGACAUGGGCUUUACGCACAUGACAGAAAUUCAACAUAAAAGUAUUAAACCACUUGUGGAAGGCAGAGAUAUUCUAGCAGCAGCAAAAACUGGCAGUGGCAAAACUCUGGCAUUUCUUAUUCCAGCCAUAGAACUCAUCUACAAGUUAAAAUUCAUGCCCAGGAAUGGAACGGGUGUCCUCAUCCUUUCGCCUACUCGGGAACUUGCCAUGCAGACCUAUGGUGUCCUCAAAGAAUUGAUGACUCAUCACGUCCACACUUAUGGCCUGAUAAUGGGAGGCAGUAAUAGAUCUGCCGAGGCACAGAAACUUGCAAAUGGCAUUAACAUCAUUGUGGCAACUCCAGGCAGGCUUCUGGACCAUAUGCAGAAUACUCCCGGGUUUAUGUUCAAGAACCUGCAGUGCCUGGUGAUCGAUGAGGCAGAUAGAAUCUUAGAAGUGGGAUUUGAGGAAGAAAUGAAACAGAUCAUUAAGCUCUUACCAAAGCGUAGGCAGACCAUGCUGUUCUCUGCUACACAAACCCGUAAAGUUGAAGACCUGGCCAAGAUUUCUCUAAAAAAGGAGCCAUUGUAUGUUGGGGUUGAUGACAAUAAAGAGACAGCAACUGUAGAUGGGCUUGAACAGGGUUACGUAGUGUGCCCUUCAGAAAAGAGGUUCCUCCUGCUUUUCACUUUCCUCAAGAAAAAUCGGAAGAAAAAGCUGAUGGUGUUCUUCUCUUCAUGUAUGUCUGUCAAGUAUCAUUAUGAACUUCUUAAUUACAUUGAUCUCCCAGUCCUGGCCAUUCACGGCAAGCAGAAGCAAACGAAGCGGACAACGACAUUUUUCCAGUUCUGCAAUGCAGAUUCUGGAAUACUCUUGUGCACAGAUGUAGCUGCUCGAGGACUGGACAUUCCGGAGGUUGACUGGAUUGUUCAGUAUGACCCACCAGAUGAUCCAAAGGAAUACAUUCACCGUGUUGGUAGGACUGCCCGGGGUAUAAAUGGAAGAGGACAUGCUCUGCUGAUUUUACGUCCGGAAGAACUGGGUUUCUUGCGUUACCUAAAGCAAGCCAGGGUACCAUUAAAUGAAUUUGAAUUUUCUUGGUCCAAAAUUUCUGACAUCCAAUCUCAGCUGGAAAAAUUGAUCGAGAAGAACUACUUUCUUCACAAAUCUGCCCAAGAAGCUUACAAAGCCUAUAUAAGAGCUUAUGAUUCCCAUUCUCUGAAACAGAUCUACAACGUCAAUAACUUGGAUCUGCUCAAGGUUGCACUCUCUUUUGGCUUCAAGGUCCCACCAUUUGUGGACCUUAAUGUAAACAGCAGCCACGGGAAGAGAUUGCAAAAAAGAGGUGGCGGUGGAGGGUUUGGCUAUCAGAAAUCAAAGAACGUCCAGAAAUCCAAAAUCUUCAAGCACAUUAACAAGAAACAAUCAGAUAGCAGGCAGUUUUCCCGCUGAGAUGCUUGUUCCGUGUUCACAGAAAUGGCUUUUGAUCCUUCACUUAAUUACUCUGUUCUCUGCAAAGCAAGGUGCAUUCAGUAUAGAAUUUGGUAUAGACUUUGAAGCACACACUUUUAGGACACAGUCCAGUCCUCUGUGAUCAUUGUACCUAUGCAUGGAAGAUUCCUUUUAGCUUUUCCCACUUCUUCCAGCCUAUGCUCACAUGAAUUGGCUGCAGUUCUCUUACCCGGGAAAAUAGAAUGCCUCUUCCUGUGUCCCCUAUUCCCCUCUGCAGUGCAGGAUAUUAGUAUUCUUGAUAUACGUCUUGGCUGACUCUUUGCGGGUCCUCCGGGAGCUAACACUGUGGCUACAAUGGAUUGGAGCUCAAGUCUCUAUCCACUGAUACUAUGUGGCACUUUUAAAAGGGUGCUCUAUUUUCUUCCAUGGACUCCCAAGUGAUUUGGCAUCUCUCGGAAUUUUUAGGCUGUACGUACACAGAUUUUGCAAGAGGUGAUUAAUACAAUUCUUUUUUAUGUACUCUUUAA